AUGUCUUUGGCAACUAAAUUUGGUGGUUAUACCUAUGAGAACCCUUUUAUGAAUGCAUCGGGUGUUCAUUGCAUGAGCACUGAUGAGCUAGAUGAAAUGGAUAACUCUAGAGCUGGCAGCUUCAUCACCAAGAGUGCGACAACAUCUCACAGAGCCGGAAAUCCAGAACCUCGUUAUUUUUCAGUUCCUUUGGGAAGUAUAAACUCUAUGGGGCUCCCAAACCAGGGUAUUGACUAUUAUCUAAACUAUGUCCUCGAUCGUCAGAAGAGUCACCCAGAUUCCAGUCCGGUGUUCUUCUCCGUGGCAGGCAUGAGUGUCGAGGAGAACCUAAACUUACUAAAAAAAAUCCAGGACAGUGAUUUCAACGGAACUACAGAAUUAAACUUUUCCUGCCCUAAUGUACCUGGUAAACCACAAGUUGCUUACGAUUUCGAAAUGACUCAGGAGAUUUUGUCUAAAGUUUUUGAAUUCUUCAAGAAGCCUCUAGGUGUCAAAAUGCCACCCUUUUUCGACUUUGCUCAUUUCGAUGCCAUGGCAAACAUCUUAAAUCAAUUCCCAUUGGCUUACGUUAACUGUAUCAAUAGUGUUGGUAAUGGUCUUUACAUCGAUGUUGAAACGGAAACUGUUGUUAUCAAGCCAAAAGAUGGAUUUGGUGGCCUUGGUGGUGAAUAUGUUAAACCUACUGCUUUGGCGAAUGUCCGGGCCUUUUACACUCGUCUCAACCCCUCAAUCAAGAUCAUUGGAACUGGCGGGAUUAAGACAGGGCAGGAUGCAUUUGAGCACUUGUUGUGCGGUGCCACUAUGCUACAAGUUGGUACAGAGCUAUACAAGGAGGGUGUCUCUAUCUUUGAACGCUUAGAAAAAGAGUUGAAGGAAAUCAUGGAGAAGAAAGGCUACUCCACAAUUGAUGAUCUCCGUGGUAAGCUGAACAGUUUAUAG